AUGUCCCCGAAGCUCCUUGAGUAUUGUUCAGAGUACGAUGGGGUUUGGUAUGCUACUUUCACUAAUCGCAGGCCAACACUUGUUCUCGGAGACCAGGAGGCAAUCAAUUAUGUUCUCAACAAUGCCCAGACAUACGUCAGAGCUGAAGCUCAAAUGCGGGUGACAAGGCUUCUCUUCGGGGAGGGUCUGGUUGGUGUGGAUGGCGCCCAACAUAAACGACAACGCAAAGUAGUAGGGCCAGCUUUCAGCAGCACUGCAGUAGACGGGAUGGCCCCAACCUUUUAUUGCAUGGCGGAGAGGCUUGCCAGCAACUGGGAAGCAAGAUUAUCAAGAGAUACACGGUUUGAGACAAACGCAUAUCAGGACUUUGAAGCUCUCUCCAUCGACAUCAUUGGACAAGCAGGCUUCAAAUACGAAUUCAAGUCCCUUCGAGGGGAGCGGUCUGACUUGGAAGCAGCCUUUGUCAACGUCACUAAAAGCGCGGCCACAGGUUCUGUGUAUGCGUCACUGAGAUCACAAUUCCCAAUGAUUGGAGCACUUGGCCAUUUUUUGAGCAGGGAGCAGAUACAGCUUGACAGCCACAAAGGUGACAUCGAGAAGAUCAGCGAGAAACUGGUCCAAUGUGCCAAGAGCACAAUGAAGCAAUCAGGACCUGGGCCGGCCGAGAAGCACAGCCCCCAGACUCAUCAGGGCAGGGACAUUUUGACGCUCCUCGUACAAUCCAACAUGUCAAGCGAUGUGAAGGAUCGUCUAUCUGAAAAAGAAAUCGUCUCUUUGAUUCCGACGUUCCUAUCUGGCGGAUACGACAACAACGCAGCCGCAAUGUCCUACGCAGUCUACGGCCUGGCAUGUUUCCCCGAAACCCAGGCCCGUUUGAGGGACGAACUUCUACACCCCCCAAGCGCAUUUUCCGGCUGGCGCGACAGCCUCCGCGCUCUGGAUUCCCUCCCUUACCUCGACGCCGUGACACGGGAAGUCUUGCGGCUGUAUAGCCCUGCGCACUCGAUCCCACGAACCUGCGCCAGGGAGGACAUCAUCCACCUCGGCAAGCCUAUCCGGCUUCGUGACGGGACAUGGAUGGAGCAGGUCCGCGUCGCUGCCGGUGACGACAUCGUGAUACCUCAGAAGUGGAUGAACAUCGACCCGGCCAGAUGGGGCGCCGAUGCGCACGUGUUCAGGCCGGAGCGUUGGAUCGAAGAUCCGAGGCACCCAUACUACGUGGGCGGCCUUCCUCCGAGGGUCAGAAAUUGCAAAAGCUCGGGAUGGAGCCAUCUGAUGACAUUUUCUAUCGGGCCAAGGAGCUGCAUCGGGUACAGGAUGGGCGUCGCCGAGUUCAAGGUUGGCCUUGCGGUUUUGGUGUCGAAGUUUGAGUUCCUGAAGCAUCAUGAGAUGGAAGAUGUCUAUGGUGAGGUCCAGAUCGUUGACAGGCCGCGUGUUCGUGGGAGAGAUGGAUAUUGUAUGCCUGUGUGGGUCAAAACUGCAGAAUAA